AUGAUGCGAACUGAAAACCCAUCUGGGAAUUCAUCAUCAUCACGUGCAGCUUUUGGUCACCCGGACUCGAAACCAGUGAGACACGGUUCAAACUCAAAGGCUGAUUUUGAAGCUUUGACUAUGUCUCAGAAGGAAAUCAGUGAUGAAGAUGCUAGGAAACUCAAUCCGUACUGGAAAUUACCUCAACUAGCUGUUUUUGGGAGAGGUGCUUCACUUUUACCGUUAGGUAUUGUUCUUCUUGUUACUGCUGUUAAGGAUGCUUAUGAGGAUUGGAGGAGACAUAGGUCAGAUAAAGUUGAGAAUAAUAGUGAUCCCACCGGGGUUGCUUAUGUUCAGACGCUUAAUCUAGAUGGGGAGUCGAAUUUGAAAACUAGGAAUAUUUAUGGAUUUCAAGCAACAAUGGAGAUUGAUGGGAAGAGAUUGUCGCUUGGUUCUUCGAAUAUUGUGCUUAGAGGUUGUGAGCUUAAGAAUACUAGUUGUGUGGUUGGUGUUGCGGUGUAUUGUGGUCGUGAGACGAAAGCUAUGCUCAACAACUCAGGGGCUCCGUCUAAGAGGAGUCGGCUUGAGACUCAGAUGAACUCUGAGAUCAUCAUGCUUUCGGUCUUUCUUGUAGCUUUGUGUACAGUCACUUCAGUUUGUGCUGGUGUUUGGUUAAGGCAAAACAAGAAUAAAUUGAAUCUAUUGCCUUAUUAUAGGAAAUUGGAUGUUUCGAAGGGAAAAGAGGAAAGUUAUCAGUAUUAUGGAUGGGGUGUGGAAAUUGUUUUCACAUUUCUUAUGUCAGUUAUAGUUUUCCAGAUUAUGAUUCCCAUAUCCUUGUACAUUUCUAUGGAGCUUGUCCGUGUUGGUCAGGCCUAUUUCAUGAUCAAGGAUUCUAGAUUGUAUGAUGAGGCGACAAAUUCAAAGUUUCAGUGCAGGGCCUUGAAUAUCAAUGAAGAUUUAGGGCAGAUUAAAUAUGUUUUUUCGGACAAAACCGGUACUCUCACUGAGAACAAGAUGGAGUUUCAAUGUGCGAGUAUCUGGGGUGUUGAUUACAGUUCUGCAAAAGCGGGUCUUGAGAAUGAGCAACUUGAAUACUCUCUUCGAGUGAAUGGAAAGGUCUUGAAGCCAAAGAUGAAGCAUGCAAUACUAUUGUGCCUCUUGUUAUCGACACAUCUGACCCUACAGUCAAGCUGGUAG